GAAAUAUUAAAAACAGACGCUUCAGUAGGAUCUUCGUACAACGGUCGCUUCGAUUUGCGUUUUCAUUCUCAUCCCGCAGGGUCACGACCCUAGGGGUUGACAAAAUCAAAAUGGUCGUUUUGGUCCAACCAGAGCACCGGCGGCCUAUGGUGGAGCAACAUGUCGAUCCCAGUCCCAGUAGUACGAAGAUGUUGAGCAUAUCGGCAAAGGAGCACGAUCAGCAGCAUCUUCCAGUUCAGCCCAAAAACUCGCUUCCAGGAGGUCGCUCUUCCUACCAGCGAAUCCUUCAUAAACGGCCGUCCGCGAGUAGUACCGAAAUCGUCAACACGUUUCUGGCGCCGAUCGAGGAGAAAGUCCUAGAGGAACAACAAUGGGACCACGACGACGGCGACAACCUGGAUCUUCAUGCGAUCGUGCAGAACGAACAGGACAAAAACAAAAAGUUUGAGCCUGAAAAUACUAACCGCAUUCUCUUCAGCACAAGCAAACCUGCCUCCUCGAAGCAGCAGAUUGGACUGGAUUUCCUGGGCGAGACGUGCGAGCCGGGCUUGCUUGCUUCGACUUUGACCGCUUCGAGUUCGUCGGCGGGACGAUCUGGGACUACUUCAGGAGCUGCUUCCUCUUCCAGUUCGAAGGAGUCCGCGGCGGGUAAAGAGGAUGCAAAGCAGAAUUUCCCAACCAAGGAAAUGGAAAGAACUGUAGGAAUUUAUUCCACCGGCUACGCUGGUGGUGCUGUUGAUCAGCAUGUAGUUCACCAGAACAAAAAUAGCAGGCCUCCGUCUGCUACCUCUUGUGCGGCUUUCGAACCUGGUGAAGGAGGUACUAGGGCUAGCUCCAGCAAAUCCUCGCAGAAUUUUCGCACUUCAGAGGUCGAUAACAAGACGGAAUGGAGUGAAGACGCGGAGGACCAGUGCAACGGCGAUCAUCUUCCCGAGCGGAGCUCGGUGUCAUCUCCAAUAGCAGGUCAACAGUCUGGAGUUUCUGCUGGGGGACAAUCGUCAGGGAAGAUCGUGUUUGUUGAUCGCUCAACGAAUCGAGGCCCUUCUUCGGAAGAUCUGUUGCAGGCAGAAGGUCACGAUGUGGCAUCGCGCUCCGGAAGCAGAGGUCAGCAUCCCCUUCUGGAACAGAAUGUUCGUCCGGAAGAUCGUCCGGAGGCCGGUAUGUUGAAGGUGACGGCGCGGAACCAGAACAAAACGAAAGCCGAGGCACCACCAUUUGCCCCCCCGAGUCGGGGACCCGUAUGCCUACCUGUUUGCGACACAUCCUCGUCCUCUUCUUCUCUUUACGCAGGUUCCCCAGGAGCGUUCGAGCACAACAUGGUGCCCACGAACAAUCAAAUCGCGGCGGCUUGGAGCCCCAGAAGUUGUCUUGCGACCCCCUUACUUCCGCCUCCGCCAGUCGCCGAUUAUCAAAAUAUGUUGAAACAGCAACCUGCCAACAACGGCUCGGCGUCGGUCCAGCUGCAAACUCGAAAAAUUGAGUACUAUUGCGAGGAGUGCAAGAAGCGAUACAAAGUUCUUGCAGCCGGCAGCGGGCCGGCCGGUGUUUUUGGUAGCAAACCAGGUGCUAGCAGCACUUCUGCAACAUCAGCAGCUUCAUCGAAUAAAACUGGUGCGGUAAAGAAAUCCUGUCUGCAGAACCAUUUUGUGCGGGUCCGCAAGAACCAGCCCAACAUCGGGGACCACGUGUACACGACUCGUCUGAAGGUUGACAGUCUGUCAAAUCUGUUCCAGUUCUCCACCCUGUCGCACUUUGUGUACGACAAAACCUGGCUGCCCUGUUUGCCCGAGCGGCACGGGAUCUGCAUCGGACCGGAUAAAAUCGCCACCUUCACCUACGACACGGAGUCGUGGUAUCAGGAAUCCGGCCUCGUGUCGUUGCAGGCGAUCUCGAUUGACGAGUUUCUCGGCGUGAAAAAGCAGGCGGACAACGAUCACACAUCAAGAGCAAGAGGCAAGCAGGAGGGAAAUAUGGCUGCAGGUGAAAAAGAGGAGAUCGGGCAGCUGGGUGCUUCGAAAAGCGCCGCAAGUAGUAGCUCCACGGCCGUUACACCGUGUGCAGCCGCGUCCGAAAAUAAAGCCGCGAGCAGUGCGAGCGGGCUGAAACAGCUGUAUGUGAGCCACAUCGGCGGCCAGACGUCUAGCAACUACGCGCGGAUGCUUUUGGGAAAACGGGGGUUUUCCUUACCCGCCUGGACCUGCUGGCACGUCUCCGAAUUCGUGAAGAACCGGCUGACCAGCAGCAGCCUCACCCUGCCCAUGCGGUACUACGGUUCGUUCCUUCUCCAGGAUCCGGUCUUUCCGUUUGGUUUUGCUGUGCCAGCGCUGAAAAACGCACUACUGGAUUCCGACGAACCGGAGGAAAAGGAGUGGAAGAGGUGCGACUGCAGCGCGACGGCAGCAGGAGGAGGACUUUCGCGCGGUGCUAAAACCGGUGGAAACGACAAGAACAUCAAAGAAGAUGCUGAAAGAACCAGCGAGAAGCACAGCUACAGUAGGAAAGAGGCAAAAUUUCUUGCCGAAAUAAACCGUGGCAAAGGCAGUAAAACAACAUCUUCAGGAGCAGUAACACCAUCAUCCACUUCGCCUCCCGGAUUUAGUUCGAGUAAACAGGGUCGCGGUGUCAAGCUCAAGUUUUCUUGUGCGCAAAAGCACAGUUUCUGCAACGUCUGUGUAGAGCGGCAUUUCGUUAUCCGCGGCGUCCCGAAAAACUUGUUGCCGUGGUGGAGAACAGAAAAUGACCGGACAAGUAGAAAUCAGGACGGUAAAGUGAAUUCUUCAUCUACCGCUGGUUGUACCUUGCGCCGGAUCGUUUGUCCACACCCACUGUGCUACGAAGUAGUGCAAAUCGCUUGAAGAUGAAUCGGGCUUACUGUGCACUCACGCUGUAGCGUCAUGAAUUCUUUUGAGCUGUACCACUCGUUUCAGUGGCACUUGUAUCUGUAUGUAAUCGCACUCUAUUUUGUUUCGUAGAAAUCGAAAUCCUGCAGGAGUAUGUAAAAAAAAUGUCAGUCAACACGUUCGCAAAUAGUUAGCAUUAGGUAUGUAGUUUCAACAAGUAUAGUUAGCGAUCAGGAUUACGAUUAGAGUCAGAGGGCAAGAAGGACGAUACGAUGUACGCGCGCCGCGUCUGCUUAUUGUUACUCUGAUUCAUCUUCUUGUACUUAUAGCAGUUCUAAUCUUCCCUUGCAUACGGAAUGUAUCGGUUUAUCGUGGUAUUCAAAAAGCCUCAACUUCGGAAUCAUGUAUCACCCCUGACAAGAAGGCAGAUUGCAAAGAAGAGCGCGAACGCACAAAAUAGUAUUCGAAAUUCGGCCCAGCGAAGCUGAAGAGUAGAGAAAUUGAUACCGCAU